CCAACCUGCAGGAAAAGGUAAAGGAUGAGUAAGGUGUGCGCUGGCACUAGGACCGCCUUGUAAAACUCUUUCCCACGUUCUCUCCUCUGUGCAACCUGAGUGCGGAUCAAAGUGCAAGAAAGGCAGGACUGUUCGUUGUGCCUCUCCCCUGGGUUUAGUCAAACAGAAUAUGGCCCAGCUGCUGAAAGGUCUGCAGGACCCACAGCUGGUGGCCCAAUUCCAGAGGUACUGUGGGCUGACCCUGCAGCCAAAGGGUGAGGAUAAUGGGAUUUCUCCAGGGAAUUAUCAUUUAGAGACCAAUCAAAGAGGAAGGGGCAAGACCACAGGGGGCAACGGAAUUCCCCAGCAAAAUGGCAACACCAUCCACAGCAAUGGAUCAUAUGCAAAUGGAGCACCCAAACAGGGCAUUACCAAGAAAUACCAGGUGCAGAACUACUUUCUGUAUUACCUCUUCAGAUUUGCCGCUGCUCUGGGACAAGAAGUGUUUUACAUCACUUUCUUACCUUUCACUUACUGGAAUCUUGAUCCAUUCAUAGGGCAUCGCCUGGUUGUUGUCUGGGCCAUUGUCAUGUAUUUAGGCCAAGCUUCUAAGGACCUUCUAAAAUGGCCACGUCCUUCAUCUCCCCCUGUGGUAAAGCUGGAAACCAGAGUAGAUGCUGAAUAUGGAAUGCCCUCUACACAUGCUAUUGCUGCUACUGCAAUCUCAUUCACCUUCCUUUUGGCAACAAUGGGGCGAUACCAGUACCCAUUUUGGCUUGGAUUUUUGGCUGCACUCUUCUUAUCCACUCUUGUGUCCCUCAGCAGGCUGUAUACAGGGAUGCAUACUGUGCUGGAUGUAAUUUGUGGAGCUUUAAUUGCCCUGUUAUUUUUGGCAUUAACUUACCCCGUAUGGGACAAGAUGGACAAAGUGAUUAUUGGCCACCCUCUCUCUCCAGUAUUUACAAUCAUUGUGGGCUUUCUCUCAAGUUACAACUACCCUAAAAUGGAUCAUUAUAGCACCACCCGAGCUGACACUACGACUAUAAUUGGAGUGGCAGUGGGCACAUGUGUGGGGGUCUCAGUCGGCAAACUUGAACUGAAUUCCAUGCCUUCAGCACACUUUCCACUGCCCAUUCCCCCCAUUAGUUUGCAUCAGGUGGUACUACAAACAGGGAGGUUUCUUCUGGGGGUCAUUCUUCUGCUCAUAACACGAUUUCUUGCAAAAACACUCUCACUCCAGGCUCUUGGUAAAUGGCACAAUGUUUGUACUCAGGACCAUCUUGUAAAGCAAAGACUGGAAAUUGAAGUUCCUUACAAAUUUGUGACCUACACUUCAAUAGGUCUUGUUGCUACGGCUGUGGUUCCUCAGCUGUGUGACUUUCUAGGAAUAUAAGGGGCACAAGGAAGAGUUAUCAGAAGCUAAGCUAGCUGAUGUACUGCUUUAAAGUAACCGUCACAGACAUUAGUGUAUGCUACUAUGAUUGUCCCAAAACUGUUAGAAACAUGAUUUCCAAGUCCGAAGCUCAGUACCAGCCUGCCCUGAUGUUUAAUUUGAGAAAAUGAAAAUAUCCAACCAACUGCUGAGCGAUUGCACAAGGCUUUCUUUGUGAUUUCUGGGAUUGUGUUGGUGAUGCAACUGGUGAUCACAACUGAGUGCACUUUAGUAUAACUAAAGUCAUGUUACUUAUUAGGCCUCCCUGUGCAUUGAAAGAAAGAACAACCACUAAGAAGGAAAUGACCACACUGUAACAUGAUUAUAAAUAACUUCCAGCAACCGAUAUUGUGGCCUUGGCUUCAUCACCGGGAACCAUGACAGUAUUCCUGUUCUACAGCACUGACAUAUCUCUUGGUGUCUUCUAUAUUAUCCAGUUUGUAUUUUGUUAGUAUUUCCAAUUCUCCUUUAUUAAAGGAGUAGGCUGAAAUGAAGACUGAGGGUUAGUAAUUAAUGCGUAUAUUAUAUAUACACAUAUAAAGAAAUCACAAUAACCCAAUGAAGUCGGAUGGUCUGAUGUGAAAAAAUGUACAUUGUAAUUUAUAAUCUUUAGUAAACAAAAUAUAAUCAUAUUUAAAAAAAACCUUUUGAGAU